CCAUUUCAGAUCUGUACCUGGAAAUCAACUCCAGCACUAGCUUGUGGGAACACUAUUGUGUUCAAGCCCUCGCCACUCACCCCGUUGACAGCUAUCUUGAUUGCUGAGAUAUUCACUGAAGCGGGACUUCCCAAUGGAGCCUUAAACAUUGUUCAGGGCGGAGCUAGUACUGGCCAUUUGCUUUCAUCACAUCCGGAUGUAGACAAGGUUUCAUUUACUGGGUCGGUGCCCACUGGAAAGAAGGUGAGGAUUAAAUAUAUAGAAGCUCCUAAUUUUAUUUUACACUGGUGAUUAUUUUUCCGGUUAACCCACUUAAGCUCUGGUAAAUUUUGCUGAGUAACAUGUUUGAGCUGUUUUCUGGGCAUUGUCUGGCUUAAUUUAGUGUCAAAACUGCCCAAACUACUGCUUAUGAUGAGUCAAGCAUUUAGCUUUUUUGACCAUCUGUGCCUAUAGAUGCAAAGUGUUUUGCAUGGGCAUGCACAGAAAACACGAUUUUGCUAUAGUCUUUGGGUUUGAACUCCUCCCCCCCCCCUUUUCUUUCACUUUUCUAUGCCCCAUUUUUUGUUGUUGUUCUGUUUGGAAUUUUCCAGGUGUCAUUUUGGUACAAAAAGUUUUAGGAAAUUUUUUAGGAUUUGUAGGAUUAGAGGGAAGAAAGUGUAGGAGGGUAGUGGAACAAGAUUUUCAUUGGAAUUUUUGGGUCCAAUUUUUAUAUUUUUUCCAUUUUUCUCCAGUCUCCUUGACUGAAUUAUGCUUAUUCUGGCAUAUUGUUUGAAAUAUCUCUUCCUCCUGCAUGUCAAGUCAGAUGACAAAGUUGUCCUUGACCAUUAAAACUGAUGAUGUCACAAGUGGUACAAGGGAUGUGGAUUGGCAUGGGUGGUUAGGGGUAGUUCAGGCAGUUCAUGGGUUAAGUGUUAACAGGGCCGUCCUUAAAACAAAGCCUAAAGCAACUGGGUGAACAUGUGAGAUGGCUGGGUUCUGAACUCAAACCAAAGCUGUAGAUUAUGGCAGACAAAAAAGUCAACAUUUAUUUUCAUUGUAUCACUGCUUUCUCCUUAGGUCAUGGCAGAUGCAUCCACAGGUAUAAAACAUGUCACACUUGAGCUGGGAGGAAAGUCUCCACUGCUUGUGUUUUCUGAUGCUGACCUGGAAAAUGCUGUUAAAGGAGCCAUGAUGGCAAACUUUCUUACUCAGGGAGAGGUAUGUUUCUUAUCCCUAUGAGAGUCAAAUCACAUAAAUUAUAGUGGUAAUGUUUGUGAGAUUUCCUUUCUUAUGUAAAUUUUUAUUUAAGUAUAUUUGUUACAGGUCAAAAUGAUAUUCAUAAUUAUAUUUAUAUUUACUUGAUGAUGACAGGUCUGUUCUAAUGGAACCCGAGUAUUUGUGGAAAAGAGCAUCUUAGAUGAUUUCCUCACAAAGUUGGUUGAGCGCACUAAAAAGAUCCGAGUUGGAGAUCCCAUGAACCCAGAUACUCAGAUGGGUGCCCUGAUCUCUGAGGAACAUCUUCAUAAGGUGUUGGAGUAUGUGAGAAUAGGACGUGAGCAGGUAUGUGACCUUUGACAAAAUUAUUAUUAUUAGGGGGGUGGUUAAAACAAGUGCACUCAACAAUUGCCCUAGUGGGGGAGGCUCACAUUUUUUGGCCUAAAUGGAUACCGGUAUGUGCUGCUGAACAGGGUAUGUGUUUGUGUAGGUUGAUGAUGAGUGGUCUACAUAAUUAUGUGGUACCAGCUUUUUUUUUCUAAUUAAAACUAAGUUAGUAAUGUAAGUUUGAAAUAUUACUUAAUCCUGUAUGCAACAUGAAAUGUAUCAGGGUCAUAAAAUAACACCUCUUGCCUUUAACAAGGUAGCAAAAUGAACCAUUUUUGUCUUAAACAGGAUCAGGGUUUGAAGGCCUCAUCGGCACACCUCUACCCAAACUGCCCUUGAGUGCCCCUCCCAUCCCCCCUCCAGGACAAGGAACCACCUUCUCUUGGGUUGAUAGGGCUCUACAAGACACCAUCCACUUAACAAGCCCUUAAAAAUAGACGGAAAUUGAAAGCUUACUUUGCCAGACAAACCGAUCAGGGGGCACAAGUUAUAUCUUAGAGGUGUGUGUUUGCCUUUUAGGGUGCCAAGGUUCUUUGUGGAGGUGAACGUGUUAGACUUGAUGACCACAGGCUGGCCAAUGGGUUCUACAUGUCACCCUGUGUCAUGACUGACUGUACAGAUGACAUGACCGUUGUCAAGGAGGAGAUAUUUGGUCCUGUCAUGACUGUACUGUCAUUUGACUCUGAAGAAGAAGCCAUAGCAAGAGCCAAUGACACAGAGUUUGGGUUGUCUGCUGGGGUCUUUACCAGGUACAUUAUGUAGAACUUAUAUAGGUAUUGUUGUGCGUCAUAUCAGUGAGAAACAAAUGAUGGCAUGGAGAAUUAACUCUGGAGUGAUAAUUUAAGUGCCAUAUUUACCUCCCAACCUUAUCUGAGUCAAAUGCGUGAGUUUUUCGUCUUGUCAUGACCGGCAUUUCCGAAACGUCCCCGCGACGUUCGCAGAUUUCCGACGAUUUGCCGAAGACUUCCGAACGUUGUCGAAAAUGUCCGAAGAUGUCCCGACGACCUUUGAGCAUUUGCAAAGCUAAGUUAUUAUGAAGUUUUCGUUAUUGUUUUGUAUUUCAGUACUCUAUAAAAUUAUAGACUUUAUGUAUCCUGAUUUUGCAGAGAUCUUGCUCGUGCCCAUCGCGUUAUCUCCAAGCUUCAAGCGGGGUCUUGCUGGAUCAACAAUUAUAAUAUGACACCAGUCGAAGUGCCUUUUGGUGGUUAUAAGAUGUCGGGCGUUGGCCGAGAACUAGGUGAAGACACCAUUGAUUACUACACACAGGUCAAGUCAGUUUAUGUUGAGAUGGGGGAUGUUGAGUCACCGUUUUAA